AUGGAAUUUUUAUUACAUUGCAAGGAAUACGAGAUCGGUUGUUCACCUAAAUUUGUGGAAGUAUCAAUUUAUAUUUUGGAUGCUCUUUAUUCGACAUUAAAAAAUUAUCGUACACUAACUGUAUUAAGAUUAUCAAAUUGUGGCAUAAAUGCAUACGGUAUUAUGCAAAUAUAUUGCAUGCUUAUGGAUUUCAAUUGCUUGAGAGAUUUGAAUUUGGAUGGAAAUCCAAACGUACAAGAAAAUUAUCACUUGUUAUGUAAAUCUGUUGGAAACUUGUCAUAUCUAUCUUUGCAGUUCUGCAAGAUAACAGAUGAAGGAGUUAAAAAAAUAGCAGACGAAUUGCAAUACGCUGAUCCACCUAACGAACCAAAAUUGUUAGCUCUUAAUCUAGCAAAUAAUCGUAUCGGUGAUCCAGGAGCAUUAGAAAUUGGACGAAUGUUACGAACAAAUCGUUCUGUUCAAAGUCUGAUAUUAACAGGAAACAGGAUAUGCGAUGACGGUGCCAGUUUGAUAAUCCAAGAACUUAAUAUGUCGAAAUUAACGCAUAAUGAGAUCGUGGAUCUACGUAGACGUAGAUUCGAUGCUCUGAUAUUACGAGAAAAAAAAUUAAUCGAUUUAAAUCAAAGGAACCAAAAUGAACUAUCUAAAAUUGUUGAAGAUUCACCGAACUUGGAUAUUUUACAGACGAGAAGGAACAACAAGGUUUCGAAAAAAUCGAAUAAAUCCAAAAAACGUAUGAAUUACAUAAAUACAUCAACAUUUUAA